GGGGAGCCACGUGGGGGUCACUCGCCUCCUGCUCGACCACGGGGCUUCCCUCAGGUCCCGAGAUGCGACGGAGAUGAACGCCCUUGAGAUCGCCAUCGAAAACGGGUUGAGAGACGUGGUCCUCAGCAUCCUCCGAUCCCCAGCGUGGAAGAAGGCCUGAGGAAGGUGUACGAGGAUCAGGACGGACACCGCUCCACGCCCUUCAGGAAACUCGUCGAGAAGAUGCCUGAGGUCGCCGAGGAGGUGCUGGAUAGAUGCAUCAAAACCUCCAAGGCGUCCCUCGACCCCAAAGAAACCCAAGAAGAGGUCAACUUUGAAUUCCUCGACGACACCUACCAACUCCGCAGCGGUCCGUCCCAGUUCGACUCCCGCGGCAGACUGGUGUCGCACGCUCGUCCUUACACCACGAACGCCAGAGAGCUCACCAACAACCACCCGCUUAUGCUCAUGGUGGUGUACUUAAGGACGAACCUGCUGGCGCAUCCCGUGUGUGUGCAUCUCAUCAAGCAGAAGUGGUAUAAUUAUGGCAGAUUUGUGUAUUAUGGAAACCUGUUCCUUUACCUCACCUUUGUCACCUGCCUCACCGGUUACGUCAUCUCUGUCAGGGAUCUGAACUGGGUGACUGGAGGCAACAUGACCGACCUGCUCAUAGACGCCAGUCGCUGCCCCGAAGUGGACUGGGAGAGCGACUUCCGCCUGACGCUCCUGAAGGUGUGCAAAGGCAUCAUCAUUGCUCUUGCUGUGGUCGAGAUGCUGAAGGAGGUGUCGCAGAUUUAUCAGGCGCUGUUGGCUUACCUCACCUUCGAGAACCUCCUGGAGUGGAUCUGCUACGUGACGGCCGUUGUCUUCGUGAUGGACUUCGCGGAUUGUCCCAUUAAGCAGGACUGGCAGUGGCAAGUGGGUGCAACAUCCAUCUUCCUCGCCUGGAUCAACUUUCUCCUGUUCAUUCGCGUCUUCCCGUUCUUCGGGAUCUACGUCAUCAUGUUCACCGAAGUGUUCACGACGUUCAGCAGCUUCUUCGUGGUGUUCUUCCUGUUCAUUAUCGCAUUUGCGCUCGGGUUCUAUACUGUGUUAGGGACGCAGUACGUAUUCCGAAGUCCCUCUCACUCUCUCCUCAGGACCUUUGUGAUGAUGAUUGGUGAGAUUAACUUCGUUGAGGUCUUCAGCAACAACGAUGAUCCUCUUGAGGUGACCUACGCCCUCGUGAUCGCCUUCCUGGUCAUCAUGUCCAUCCUCAUCAUGAACCUGCUGGUGGGGUUGGCCGUCGACGACAUCAAGGCCGUGCAAGAGCAGGCCAUGUUGCAGAAGCUGGCCAUGCAAACCAAGCUGCUGAUGGAGGUCGAGAUGGUGAUCCACCGCGUGCGCCGGAAGUACGUGGUGAGCAAACUCCAGGUGAGCGGCACGAGGAGGAGUCUCCUGUCCUGGGUGUUGGGCAAGAUCACCCUCAGCGAAGCCAAGGAGGUCGACGAGAUGGAGACCCUCCGGAGAGAAGUCCUCAACCUCAACUCCGCCAUGAGCGACCUGGGAGAGGUGAAGGCCAUGCUGAGCGAGAUGGCUGACCUGAAAUCCGCGGUGAAGGACGUGGCAGAGCUGAAAGCCCAAGUGGCCGAGGUUCUGAACCACCUGCAUCCUCAGACCAGGAGGACCAAGUCGAUUUUCAGGAUAUUUUGAAUUUCUUUGGAACGUUACUUUUGUGAUUUGUUUUUUUUUUUUUUUUCGUAGAGAGUGCCGGGUUAAGAUCUUAUUCUCGUUUUCUUCUAGAGAAUGGAGGGGUUUAGAAUUUACUCGCGUUUUCUUUUCUAGUAGAGUGCUGGGUCAA